AUGAUGUCACUGACAAGAACCCAGGGGAGUAAGAUUUUGCUUCGCACCAUACAUCCAUCGUUCUCAAGGACAUUUCUCCUCCCACUACGUCAUUACCAUGAGGAUGGAUCCAAGGAUAUCAAAACCCUGGAAGAUCUUGUAAAAUUGAAAUCGUUGGAUGGUGUAGACCCUGAAUUGAUUAAAAACCUUAUAUAUGAAAGAACUAAAGAGAUGGAUGUAAAAAAUGAAUUAGACAUGUUAAAGAAAUUUACAAAGGAGGAAAAAAGUACUCACGAUAGUCCCUUAAAGAAAUUCACUAGACCCCUGUGGGUGGUCCUAUUGAUGAGUUCAUCCGUCUAUUUGGGAUGUCAUUAUUUGUGGUGGAGACUAGAAUAUGUGGAGAGGGAAAAGGAGUUGAUGGAACAAGUGGAAACCUUAGAAAACGAGUUGAAUACUCUAUUGGCUACGAAACCAAAUCAAUUGGAAUUAGAAGCCCAGUCUGAUCCAAAGAGUCAACCUUUUUACAAGCGUUGGUUUAGCAGGUAA